GGCGCGAGGGUCUGGCCAAUGCAGAGCACCGGGAGCUUGGCGUAGGGCUGGCGACACUGGCAGGGCUGACAGGGCGCGGAGCCUAGGUCUGGCUCGGGCGGCUCACGCACCCGAAGCUCUCCUCCUGGAUCCCCGGCAGUCCCCGUCGGGUCCGGCGCGCCCUCGUUUUCCCGGAGUGAGGCCCGACAUGACAGCGGCGGCCCUGGCGAGCUGGGCCCGCCUUGACCCUGCCCGCCAGCUGCUACGCAGACAGCCCACGCCGGCUCGGGCACGCCCGGAGUCAGUGACCUUCGAGGAUGUGGCUGUCUACUUCUCUGAGAAUGAAUGGACUGGCCUGGCUCCUGCCCAGAGGGCUCUGUACAGGGAUGUGAUGCUGGAGAAUUAUGUGGCUGUGGCUUCCCUGGCAGCAUUUCCAUUUCCCAAACCGGCUCUGAUUUCCCAGCUGGAGCGAGAGGAAGCACCCUGGUGCUCAGCUCCUCAGGGAGCUCUGGAUGGAGAGAGCCUGAAGGGCAUCUCCUCAGAGGAUGUGUUGAAGAUUGAAAAGGAGGAUUUUAUUCUGAAACAGGAAAUUUUUGAAGAGGCACAGGACCAAAUAGUGCUCUCAAGUGGACCUCAGUUGUUCGACUGCCAGGAAUUCUGGUUUGGAAAAAGCCGUAAGGAGGAGGAAAGAAGGAUAGGGAGAUGGCCUGCCUACUCCAAUGGGGAAAAUGUGGAAAACACUACAAAUGAUAUUAUAGAAGUGAUUGUCAAGGAUGAGAUGAUCUCAGUAGAUGAGAGUUCAGAGAAUACUGAUGUCAAUACUGACCUUGCUAUACAUAAAAAAAUUCUAAGUGAGAAGGAGUUCUAUAUUUGUGAAGAAUGUGGCAAAUGUUUUGAUCAAAAUGAAGACUUUGAUCAACAUCAGAGAGUUCAUAAUGGAGAGAAGGUGUAUGGAUGUAAAGAAUGUGGGAAGGCUUUCAGUUUUAGAUCACAUUGCAUUGCACAUCAGAGAAUUCACACUGGAGUGAAACCCUAUGAAUGUCAAGAAUGUGCUAAAGCCUUUGUUUGGAAGUCAAACCUGAUUCGGCAUCAGAGAACACAUACUGGUGAGAAACCCUUUGAAUGUAAGGAAUGUCAGAAGUGCUUUAGUCAGAACUCAAGCCUUAUACAACAUCAGCGAAUCCAUACUGGGGAGAAACCAUAUACUUGUAAGGAAUGUGGGAGAAGCUUUACUCGGAACCCAGCCCUUCUUCGACAUCAGAGAAUCCACACUGGGGAGAAGCCUUAUGAAUGUAAGGACUGUGGGAAAGGCUUCAUGUGGAAUUCUGACCUUGUUCAGCAUCAGAGGGCCCACACUGGGGAGAAGCCUCAUGAAUGUACUGACUGUGGGAAAAACUUCAUUUGCAAGGCACACCUUAUCCGACAUCAGAGAAUCCAUACUGGGGAAAGACCCUAUAAAUGUAAUGACUGUGGGAAAGCCUUUAGUCAGAAUUCUGUCUUGAUUAAGCACCAGAGAUGUCAUUCUAGAGAGAAACUCUAUAACUGUCAGACCUCUUCCUUUUUUGAACAAUAGAGAAUACAUACUGGUGAUACUUGUGUAUAAGUCUUACAGUAUAGGAACUCCAAGGACAGAAUGAGAUGACCUUCCAUAAUUUGCUCUUACUUAAUAGCCAGUAUUAUCUUGCUCCUCCUGAACAGAUAUCCUGUACUCUAGCAAGUUUGGUCCUCCUAUGCACCUGUGUUUAUACUAGCCACUAUUUAGUUGCGCACCUUCUAUGUGUCAGGUACUAUGUUAACUACAUUACAUGCAUUAUUUAAUUUUCAUCACAAUCCUACUAUGAUAGGUACUUUUAUCCUCAUUUUACAAGUGAGGAAUCUGAGCUUGAAAACAGUUAUAAAACACUCAUUCAAGAUCACUUAGCUAGUAAGUGAGUUGAGAUUGGAACCUGGCCUGUCUGACUCCAGAGUCCACUGUUCUUCAUUAAACUACACGUUUCUUUAUUUAACUACACAGAGUUCUUUAUUUAACUACAUAUUUUUGCCCCUACCCAUUUUUAUUUGCUCAAGUUCCCCUGAGCUAAAAGUUUCCCUUUAUCAUCUAAGGCCCAGCUCCUUCAACUAAACUGACCUCUGUUACUAUUCUACUUAUAAUCAGAACCACCACAGUUGGUAUUUAUGUGCUGUCUUGUAUUUUUCUAAUAGUCUCAUGCCUGUUAGUCUUGACUCCAGGUAGAUUGCUCUUUGAGCACAAACAUUGCAUUUCUUUUGUUUUUCAAAUGUUGGAACAUAUUUAUUUUUGACCAGAUAUAGCCUGAUAAAACAAUUGAAAUAGUUUAAAAGGGUGUUCAGUGAAAAUUAAGUUACCUUCUCAUUCCUCUCUCCAAGACUUACUCCUGAGAGGCAACACUGUUACUAGUUAUGUAUCCUGGAGAUAGUCUCUCUAUAGAUACAGGUAUCUAUUAAUCUUGCUUUUCAUAAGUCUACCUUACUGAAAGCUUUAUUUGAUGUAGGUGACAUUGAAGUUACAUUGCUAUCUCCAGAAUCUUCUCUUCCUCAGAAGUUGUGGUCCUCCUUGGGGUCACCGAGGUAACUUAGGGAAAGCAGAAGAAUGUAAUCUAGGUUGUGCAAUCUUGAGGGACCUGAUUACCCUUGUGAUAUAAGAAAGCACUCUGGGAUUAGGAAAUACGUAAACCAAGUUUGUGAUAUUUUUUUCUUAAAAAUUUGUAUAGCUACAACACCUCUCAUUGCAACAUUAUCCAAAAUCCUCUUCAGUGGAGGAAUGACAUGUUUGAUUUAUAUUUUUUAAGAUCAUCACCCUGGGUGCUAAGUAGAAAAUUAUUUGUAAAGGGACAAGAAUGAAAGGAGAGAUCAUGUUGGAGAAUGUAGUAGCAGUUCAGGUUGGAGGCAACUGUGGCCUGGAGAACAUGGUAGUAAUGGAGAUAGAAAGAAAUGGGUGGAUUGAAGAUACAUUGUUGAAAUAAAAUCACUGAACUGCACAUUGAUUCAACACAAGGGGAAACGGGAGAAUCAAGGAUGUGUUUUUGGUUUCUGACUUGAGCAGCUGAGGGAAAUAGGUUUGGGGAGCAACAAGUCUACCGUGGAUUAACAUAGUUGGAAUGUGCAAGUGGAAAUUUCAAGUAGGCAGUUGUAUGUACAGAUAUGAUUGAAGCUUUACAUUUGGGAGUCAUCAAAUAAGCAGCACAUAUAAAAGCCAUGGGAAGAAAUGAGUGAAAUUCCCUAGAGUAUUGGAAGGAAUGAAUGAAAUCCCCUGGAGCUGGGCUGUCCAGUAUGGUAGCUACUAGCCAAAUGUGGCUAUUUAAAUUAAAAUUAAUUAAAUAAAAAAUUUAGUUCCUCAGUCACACUGUCCACAUCUCAAGUGUUCAGUAACCAUACCUGGCAGUUUACCACUAUAUUGGAUAGUGUAGAUAUAGAACAUUUUCAUCAAUGCAGAAACUACUAUUGGACAGUAUUGCCCUAGAGAGAGUGUAGAAAAAUAUAAGGAUCCAGGAUCAAGUCCUGUGGAAUACUAAUUUGGUCUUUAGGGAGUUGGAAGGGGAGGGGGCAAAGGAUGCUGAGAAAGAGGGCCAGUGUGGGGAUGGUAACAUAACGAGUAGAUACAUUCAGGCAGCAGGUGGAAUUAUUGGGUUGAAGUUUGGACCAGCGCUGCAAGGAGGUGAUCAUUAAAACCCUAAAUAUUCAUAAACUCCCAGAGUGAGGAUAAUGUAUAUAUUGAAUGUGGUCAGUAUCUUAAAGUGGGAAGAGAUAGAUAAAGAAAGUGAAACCAUGAAUAAGGAACAGUUAGGGUUUUUAGAGGAGCAUUUUGGAUGUUGAUUGCUCCCAGAACGUUCAAAGAUGAAAAUGUAUGUAGGCAGGGUGGUGGAAAGGAUAGAGUUUUACAAGCCUCACAAUGAGAAAAUUAUCAAAAUAUGACAAAAGUUAGGUAUUCUGGAAGGUUUGAGGAAUAGCAUGUUAAUAUGGAUGGCUCCUGCCAAGAGAAUUCCUCACUUGUCUUUUCCUUACCAGAGGCUCAGAGUCUGACAUUUGGAAGUCCUGAGCCCAUGUCACAAACUCCAUAUUUUAACACAUUCACAAAAGUAGCAUCUGUAAAAAGAAGUGGCAUUCUGCUUGGCCUGCUACAGAAACUCAUCAGUUCAUUCAGAGAUCCAGCAGGCUCUCCCAUUAAGAGAGAUCAAGAUCACUAGAAAGAAUUGCAUCAAAGAAAAUAUAUUAAACACAUGAAUGUAGGGAAAAAAAAUGAAAGAAUUGUAACAUGGAAGACCUUUCAAUUUGUAAUGACACUUUCCAAACAUCUAAAAAGCAGAAGGGAAAUAAUAUUGCCACUUAGUUUCUAAAGUCCAGAUAAAUUAUACAGAGAGAAAUUUCAGAUUUUUUCUGAAUUACAAUUAACAAUAUAUUAAAAUCAAUAAUAUGGGCAUGGUAAAAUUUUGUCUUGGACAUUUUCAGAUAUAGGAUUGGAAAGUAAGGAAAUAAUGAAAAUAGUGUGUAGAGUCAUUCACAUAAUGAAAAUGGCUUGCCUAAGCAGAAUUUCUUGGAAAAAUAAUAAUUAAAUCUCUAUUGUUUCAUAACCCAGAGCCAGCUACAGAGUUGCCUAUUUUAGAAGCAACUCAGUCACAAAUUAGUUACUACCAUUUUGAGCAUCUGUCCUUGUGACUUUCAGUUUGAAGUUCUGCAGUGAUCAUCUCUUAAUUGAUUCCCAGCAUCCAUUCCCAUUCCCUCUGGACACAGUAACCCAAAUUAAUCUUUGGAGUAUUCUCAGUUAUGUGGUUUGGCUCCACAUCCAACUUCAUGAGUGGACACUGUUUGACUUAGGUCAAUCGAUUUAUCCCAUCCUAUUAGCCACAGAGCCAAUGAGAAGCAAGAAGAUAUUUAUUGGGACUUCUGAAAAAGGGAGGCUUUUUCUCUUCUAUGAGAGUCACUGAAGGAGUUAAUCUCUGUACUCCUAGGAAUGCAGGAAGAUAUGAGGCCUGAAACUGUAGCAAUCAUUUUCUAUUAAAUAUGGAGAGUCUGGAACUUCCAGGUGCUACCAUGUGGAGCCCAAGGAUGAAGCCAAUACCAAAGAAGACAGUGGCAAAACAGAAAUUGGGCCCUUGGUGACAUCAUUUGAGCCACUAGACCAAGCCUUAUCUGAAGUAGACCUACCUCUGGACCAUUCAACUAUAUGAGCCAAUAAAUAUCUUUUAUACUA